AUGGACGCCCUCGUUUACCGCAAGAACACCGUGCCUCAGCGCCAGCGCGCUCUCCAGGCCGACCCCCGACCUGUCUUCCAGCGCCUGCCUCGCUCCAAGCUCUACAUGGGUCUCUUCAUGACCCUCUUCGGCGUCGGCAUGUACGGCACCACCGUCGGCUUCUACAACAUGGCUGUCGGCAAGAAGCGUCAGGCAUCCUAA